AUGGCUUCCGUGCAAAGACAAUGCAAGGUCGUUCCUGCAGGAUCGCCCAUCCCAAACGCAAGAACAACAACAACAACAACGAAUGACUACAACAAUGAGAGCACAAUUACUAAAAAGGACGACACCCAUAGCAGUAACAAUACAGUAACUCCCGUUUUGACAGUAACCCAACGACGUGCCGAACGCACCACAACCGUUAGGGCACCAAGAGCUCGCGUUUUAUGGGAAGAGUGCGAACUUAGUGGCGUGCUUGCGUGGAUUUGCAGGAACAGAGAUCGGUGGCAAGCAAAUAAAAUAGGAUCCGUUCGGGAGAUUCAUGACACUGUGGUCAAGAAGCCGCAUUCAGUAAACUCGAUUCUCUCCAAAAUACGUACUAUGGAAAACGAGUAUGUACAAUGCUUCGAAUAUGUCACGUAUGAUGGCAACGAUGAGCCCAUUCGCCGAGUUAUCCCUGACCGCGCGAGAAACCACAAGCUUUUUAAGGAAUGCCGGGCAGCUUUUGGGCCUCCUGUCUACGUCAAAGGAAUGAACGUGAGACGCAUUCCUGCACCACCACCAUCAUUACCCUUACAACAACAACAACAAGCACAAGCAACACUUUUACCACAAAAUGACGCGUCGUCUUCAGGUUCAUCUUCCGCAGCACCAUUGCCCUCUCCUUCGACGCGUUGCCCAGAGUCUAUCCCCGAGCCCCAUACGCCACAGCCAUCAUCGAAACGGACUCGAACAGAUUCGUCGUCCUCAGCUUCGGCAAUGGAACCAGCAGUAAAGCGUCGCAACCGUGGCCACAUCGUUAGCGCGCGUCAACAUGACCAUCAACAGACAGAACAGCUAGAGGAAGAUUUAAAACAAAAGAAAGGACGAGCAGUAUCAAGCUGUGAACGACGGAUGAUGACAGAAGAUCAAGCACGAGAGAUGGAGCUAAAGAACGAAGAACUGCACAUGAUGAUCCAAGGUAUUGAAACCAAGAUGAAGAGAGCAGAUCUACGGUUUGAGCGAAACAAGGCAAGGCAUGAGAAAAGGCAAGCAAGACGGCUGCGACGGAUCACAAAAUAUCAAGAUGCCUUGGGCAAGCUGGCGCUUCCUAGCAUGACUACUUUUGUGGCCCCAAAAUAA